UAGCAAAUUAGUAAUCGCUUAAGUAGUCUUACGCAGGCCGAAAAUGACACAUAAACAUUAUGUACAAUUAAUAAUAGCGAGUAGAGCGUGUGGGAUGACAGAUAAAAGACAUCCUGUUUGAUAAGUAGCAUCAAGGCAUAUAGAUAACAGUUAACAAAAUCCAGUUUCCUUCGCGCCAGCGAGCUGUUACUGGUCUUAUGUAGCGUGCUCUGUUUCAAAAUCAUAGUUCAAAUAGUGAUACAACAUGGCACCUGUUCUCUUAUUUCUCGUCGUUUUGUUUUUGGAUCAGUGUACAGGACAUAUUAUCGAUAUCGGUAGUGUGUGGGAGAUACAAUGUCCGCAAGGAUGUACUUGCGAGAUCCAAAAGUUUUCUGAUCUGCCUCUACACCAAUGGACCGAUACUUAUAGAGAUAAAGAUCAGGAUGUAUCAUUCGGCCAUGACGUCUUUAACAUGAACGACGACCAUCCUAUGGCUCACGAGUUAUUAAAAAUUGCCACAUGUAUAAUUGUUGAAAAUCCUAAAGAACUUUUGGAUAAACUUCCAUUGGAUAUACAGGUUCUUACAUUACUCGAAUCUGGUAAUGGAGACAUUGAUAUUCCUCUGCGAGCUACAACAUUUCAACGCUUCACAGAAUUAAUAUCGCUGGAUAUACAAGGAAUAGAUUACAGUGAUCCGUCUGUAAAAGAGGCGAACAAUCAUACGUACAGAGAAAAAGGCGGAAUCCGUCUUUCGCCCGAUACUAUGUUCCCUCUUGGACUCACUUUGCUUUAUUUAAAUCUGGAGCGAGUUAAAUUGACAAAUUUGGACAUACCUAAUAAGAACAAAGCAAACUUAGUGAUUAAGCCAGUGAAUUCGGAUAAAAUUGAGACAAUCGAUGACGAUCAAGCACCCAUAAGCAAUAUUAGUCAACAUAAAGGACACAGACUUAUAUUUUUGAGUCAGCAAAACAACGGAGAGAGUGACGAUAAAGAAAUAUUACCCUAUGAUCUCUACAAACAAGAAUUGGAAGGUUACAGAGAAAAUAUUGAGCUAUUCGCAGCUCUUGGUACAUUGACGUAUUUAAGAGUGUACGAUUGUGCCUUGAAAGAUAUAUCUUGGCACUUGUUCGAUGGCCUCAACAGUCUGCUUUAUCUUUCGCUGGAGAAGAACAAUUUGAAAUUCAUUCCCGAAUUCUGUUUUUACGGCACGCCAAACUUGAAAUCGUUGUCACUAGCGGGUAACGAAUUAUUAACGCUAAAGAGCGUAGACUUGGCAGGAUUGCUGAUGCUGGAGCAUCUAGAUUUGAAACAAAAUAAUUUAACGUUUCUAUCAGAGUUGUCGUUUCCACCAUUUCCGGCGCUUGUAACAGCCGAUUUCACGGACAACCCUUUGGAUUCCGUUUUCCCAAGUACGUUCGAAAUUAUGAAUACAACGACAAAACUGUAUCUCGGAGGCGCGGCGUCGAAGCUAAAAUUGCAGAAAAAUUCAUUAGUGGGUCUACGUCAAGCUAAAAUACUGCAUCUGUACAAUCUAGAAAUACCUAUACUGGAACGGUUUAUCUUACACGGAUUGCCAGCGUUGACGCACCUCAAGAUGCGAGGAAGCGUCACGAACAUUGACUUCGAUGCAUUUGUCGAUCUUCCGAAUCUGUUGGAUCUGGAUCUGAGCCAGUGUCAUAUCCGAAGAAUUUCUAUGGACGCGUUCUAUGGCUUAGAGAAAGUCAGAAAAAUCGAUUUGUCGGAUAAUGAUCUAGAAUCAAUACCACCCGGCUUAUUUACUGUUCAACAACAAGAAGAACUACGGGAAAUUAUACUCACGAGAAACAAAUUAACGUCAUUACCUUUCGACUUCUUUAGAAACCUUAGGUUACUGAAUAAACAAACACAGAUGCAAAGUGUAAGACUGGAUGGCAAUCCUUGGGAUUGCACGUGCAUGAUGAUCAAUUGGAAUUCUCACUUGGUCAACAGAAAUAAAGAGACUGCUCCUCGAUGUUUGACGCCAAAACGAUUACAAAAUUGGGGGGUUUUUUAUGCGUUACGUAAAGGUGGUUUUCAAUGCGGAAGUCUGAAAAAACGAUAUCUUCGAAAAUCUCUGAAGAAAAGAAACUAUGAAGAGGAUAACAAUAUCAGUUAGCUAAUUUCUCUUCAAAUUACGUAUGUGUCAACGCAAAAUCCAAAAAUAUAUUGAAAAUUUGUAUAAAAUGCUAAUUUCUAGAAAUGUAUUUUAUAUAUAAUUUUUUUUUAGGUAAGUAAAAUUGCAUGUUUGUAUAGUAAAUUUGUAUGAAAAUUAUCUAAACCUUUUCUAGAAUAUUCAUACAAUAGUUUAAUAUAUAAUAAUACUACGUAUACGUAAGUGGGUAAAUGUUUCGAUGAACUUACCUGCCUUCAAUCAUCUUCAUCUUGAAAUAUGUUAUAAAAGAUGUAAUUCUGAACAACUUUUCCUAAUACAAUUAUAUGGUGAUCGCUUAUAA